UGAUGUUGAUGAUGACCUCUCCCCUUUGCCGCCCAGACAUGCUCUGCCUUCGGCUGCUCCUCCUGGCCAGCGCCUGGGGUCUGGUCCGAACCGCCCAGCUGGAGUUGAGGACCAAUACGGUAACGGUGACCUGCUCAGAAGAUGCCCUGCUCAUCUGUCCGGCCACUUGGGAGCCCCAGGCCCACCAACCCAGAGUCUUCUGGAGCAAGCUCCACAAGAACAGGGAAGAGUUGAUCGAAGACCUGAAUCUUUAUGAACAAUCCACUUCCUUUAAAGAAAUAAAUGGGUUGUACAAUGUGUCCGGUGACAGCCUGCAUUCUCUGAAAAUCAGAAACACUUCAAGCUGGAGCACUGGAAUGUUCAGAUGCACUCUGUGGUCCCCAGAGGGGGAGCAGAACACAACUGGUACUGUUUUCCUCAAAGUGAUAGGUUGCCCUAAAGAACAAAAAGACAUGUUUGAAAAGCAUAAAGCGGAACUCUUGCUAUUGUUUUUUCUUGGGGUUUUCUACAUAUGGCUCAUCAUCUUUACCUGUAAAUUUGCCAAGAUGUACAGCACAUUGGGGAAACAUGACUUACGCUACUCCUUUCCUGUAGUCUUGUCCCAAGAGAAGAAGGGUGGUCAGCAUCUGAAGUCAGCUACGCUUCCAAAGAUGGACUUGGUCUGAAUCCUGCUGAAAACGUGGAAGCCAGACAAGGCAUCGGAUUGAGGAGGACUAUGGGGUCCAAAGAUGGAGUCAGACAGGCCACAGUACUCUGGUGAUUGGCAACGCUGCUAUGACUCUUUUUUAUAACUGGGGCU